CACGAAAUGUUUUUUAGACAAAUCUGAUCUAUAACCGAUUGACAGAAUCAUCAUCAUCAUCAUCAUCAAUCACAGUUUGACAAAUCAUUCAUCGUUAUGGACAUGUUCAUUUUUAUUUUACAAAUAUUAACCAUUUACGCAUCCAUUUGUCAUUGUUAUGAUGAUGAUUCAUUUAUCGAUGACUAUUUUAACAUUGAUGAACAAAUCGAUCAUGAUGAUUAUCCAACCACAUCCAUUUCGAUAUCAUCAUCAUCAACAAGGAAACCUCAACAAAAUUCAUUUUGGUCAACAUCAUUAUUUUCAUUAUUCGAAUCGUUAUUAAAAUCAGUGGAUAAAACAACAACCAAUCAAAUUGAUCCAAUUUUGCAAAAAUUAGAACCUGGCAGUAAUGAUAUUAUCGAAAACCAACAGCCAUCUUUAAAUCCUAUGGUCGAAACUGAUUCGAAUUCGAUAAAAUUCACCACCAAACCAAUGGACACGAUUAGUGAUUAUGAUGAAGAAGAUCGAGAAUUUUUCGAAUAUAAUCUUCCUGAUUAUGAAAAUGAUUCUGACAACGAAACCAAUAAUGAAUACAUAGUUAAUAAAGGUGAAUGUGAAACAAUCCAUGGUUCAUUGGGUGAAUGUCGUUCUACUCCUAUUUGUCUGAAACGUGAACCAAAACAAAGUGUUUUCAACCUAUGUGAAUGGUCACAAAAUAGAUUGACUGGUACACGAAUACCGAUUAAACUUUGUUGUGAAAAACGACAAUCAUCUACACCCAAAGACCUUAACAACGAGGCUGAUAUUGAAGAACAGUGGCAAAAGCAAUUGGCACUUGGUUUCGGUAAUGGACAAACAUUAAUGGGCUCAUUCUGGAAUAUUGUUCCACAUCCAAUGGCUACCGUACAAAAUUCUUUAAUUUCUCAUCCUUUUCACCAUUUUCAGGUUACGCAACCUCGAUGUGGUCAAACAAUGUUUAAUCGAAAUCAUCGUCGGCAACAAUUUAUACGUUAUGUUUAUGAACUGCCUGAUCGUCGUAUGAAAGACUUAGAAUCGGAUGAUCGAUUUCAGUCGCUAUUCAAUCAAACAUCAACGAUAAGGGAUUCUCGAUCACAUUCGCAGCGAAUUGUAUCCGGUGUAUCUGUUGCAAACGGUGAAAUACCAUGGAUUGUUUCAAUUUAUCUACGUGAUACAUUUACUUGUGGCGGAUCAUUGAUUUCUGAUCGUUUCGUAUUGACCGCUGCACAUUGUUUCAACAGUGCAAAAUUAUCUGAUUGGUUCUAUAUCCGAUAUGGUAGUAACGUUGUACAUGAAGGACCGGCUGUUCCAGUUAAACGUGUCAUUCUACAUCCGAAUUAUAAACCACCAGUUAUUUAUCAUGAUAUAGCUUUGCUUGAAUUGACACAUCCAGUUCAAUUUACUUCAUUUGUUUUGCCUGCUUGUUUGGCUACACCUCGAAUGUAUGGUCAUAAUUUGAUCGGUAUGAAAGCGACUGUAGCCGGUUAUGGCGAUUCAAAUUUCGAAGGAAAACAAUCCGAAUUUCUUCAGGCUGUCGAUAUCAAAGUGAUUGAAAAUCAAUUCUGUGAUAAAAAUUAUCGCCGAUUGGCACAUGCUGAUCAAAAAUUUCGUUACGGUAUUGGACGAACAUUAAUUUGUGCCGGAUUUGAACAAGGUGUAAAAGAUGCAUGUCAAGGUGAUUCCGGUGGUCCGUUAACAUUGCAAUUAGAUGGUAUUCAUUAUCAGAUUGGAGUUGUAUCAUUUGGUUAUCGUUGUGCACAGCCCGAUUUUCCUGGUAUCUAUACAGCUGUAUCACAUUAUCGACAAUGGAUUAUGAAUCAUUUACAACAACAACAAAUUAGCUAGAUUCCCAUUGAUCAAAUCAAAUUCUGAUUUGAAAAAAACAAAAAUUAGAUUUAUUUCUAUUAAAUUUGUU